CGGCCCGCCUCGCCCGCCUCGCCCGCCUACCUCCGCGCCGACUCACUACCCCCGGCCUCCAGUCUCCCGCCCCGGUUACAGACGAACCAUUCCGGCCCUCUCCCCCUCGCCGAAGACGGCUCAUCUGUCGCAAGUUCACCUUCAGGCGCCUACGCCGACCUGACCAUCAACAGCGACCGUGGCGCCGAUACUCCAGCACCCGAUUUUCCCAACUAUCCCAGGGCUUCUUCGCCCCUAACCAAGACUACCCAUCAUCGUGCUCUCAUGGGUGGUGCCGCCGAAUUUCCAGAGCGUGCAUCUUCACCGCUCAAACGAAGUGCCUCCAGCAUGGAUCCAGAAGGGGUGACGCAGAGCGUCGAUGAGGACGUGGAUAUGGUCACUGUACCCCCUGAUGCAACUGCCAUAGAUACACCUUCUUCGUCACAUCAAAAUGCGUCAAACACGGCCGAUGCUUCAGAGUCUACAGCCAGUUUGCAGCAGGGUAUGCAGCCUACCGUAGAAGGAGAUGCCUCGACCACCAUGAACAAUACAAGUUCGUGCACUUCCACAAUAUUACAACCUCCGGCAUCCAUCGGGGCCCAUAUAAACGAGAUUCGCGCACUGGUAGAGGAGUUCAACCGAACACCUUGUAUGGAUGGGCAAGAAUGUUAUAUUGUAUCAAGACAGUGGCUCACAUAUGUGCCCCUUGAUUCGACGAAAAAGCAAGCAGGGGGCGACUUGUCCGCCAUCCCUCCGGUUGACAACUCGGACAUAAUAGAGGAGAUCAUCGACGAUCCUUGUGUUGGCACAGGUAUCACGGAUGUUAUGAAGAGAAAGUUUGUUCGAUUGAAGGAAGGCUAUGGGGAAGAGCACUUUGUUCCAUUUCCUCCUAGGGCUUGGGAACUUCUGAUGCAAUGGCCUGGACUAAACGAAGGACAAAUUCCUAUCCGACGUACCGCCACUGAUAACAGUACCAGCCGGGAUGGAACAAACGUUCAAAUUGAAUACCACCCACUUGUGCUCAGUGUACAUCGUCUCUGGUCCGCAAUGAGUCAGGUUCCCGUUGAUGCAUCUUUAAAAUCCAUCAACCCACCUCCUCCCAGGCUCGCUCGUAGCAGCAAUACGAAGUUCCAAACUUUUCUGAAACAAGCGAAAGCCAUGGUUAAAAUAGAUUUGACACAAAGAGUUCGAGGAUGGCAGAUUCCAAAUGCUGUAGACCCUCGUCGCUCGGGCGCAGAAAGCGUAUGGGAUCGUCUGCUUGUGGAUGUUGAGUCUUUCAAUGCAUUGGAAAGAGGUGGAGAAAGACUAUUGAUUGAAUUUGGAGAUUUGACGAAUGGGGGUAAAAAACAGGAAUCCAACCACACCCUCCGUUCACUCGGUAUUGCCAAAGAUCAGUCUAUUGUUCUUGAUCCUCAUGAAGAGGGUACUCAGUGGACUUCAAAUUACCGACCAUCAGAGACAUCCAUGCUCCCUUCACAGACCGGCUCUACGGCCUUGACGGUUCAAAACCACGUAUCCCGGGGUGGACGGUUAAGUCCAGCCCCUAGUGGUCCCGUCACUCGUGGUAGAGCGACAAAGUCUGGGAAAACGCUAGGAUGCGUCGGUCUCACGAAUCUAGGGAAUACUUGUUACAUGAAUGCUGCCCUUCAGUGUUUAAGAAGCGUCGAGGAGUUGACCAAAUACUUCUUAGUUGGUGAAUGGGAAAAGGAAUUAAAUAAAGCCAACGUCCUUGCCCACAACGGCGAUGUUGCUGCUGCGUAUGCUCAUCUACUCAAGGAAGUGUUCAAAGACCCGCCUCCAGGUGCUGUUGCGCCACGGCAGUUCAAGAACGUUAUCGGUCGUCAUGCAUCUCAGUUCUCAGGUUAUGGUCAGCAGGAUUCCCAGGAAUUCCUCGGCUUCCUGCUUGAUGGCUUGCAAGAAGAUCUCAGCCGUGUCAAGAAUAAGCCUUAUAUCGAGAAGCCAGAUUCCACAGAUGAAAUGAUUGGUGAUCCCGACGCUAUUCGAAAGAUGGCUGACAAGGUCUGGGAUAUUACGAGAAAGCGUGAUGACUCGAUAAUUGCGGACCUCUUCACAGGCCUUUACAAGUCGACCUUAGUUUGCCCUGUGUGCGACAAGGUCAGCAUUACCUUUGACCCUUUCAACAAUCUGACCUUGCAGUUGCCAAUUGCAAAUAAAUGGAGUCAUACUGUUAAAUUUUUCCCGCUCAACGAUAAGCCCAUUGACAUCAAGGUUGAGCUGGACAAACAUGACAAUAUUAAAGCUUUGAAGCAAUUUAUUUCAGUGCGAACAGGUGUUCCCGUUGAACGACUUCAUGGGUGUGAGGAAUGGACCAAGAAAAUCUACAAGCAUUAUGAGGAUACAAUGACUGCUAGCGAAGAGAUUUCUCAACGCGACAAUGCAUGGAUAUACGAACUGGAAGCUAAGCCCACGAACUACCCUGGGACGGCACACAAGCCGCAGAAGUACCGUUCUCUACUCGAUGACACUCCACCUGUUCCAUCAGAUGACGAUGACACAGCAGCAGCACAUCUCCUUGUUCCAGUCCUGCAUCGUAAACCAGGUACCGCAAGGGGCUACCAAUCACGCAAGUGGGAAGGCGCCUGUUUACCUCACUUUAUCAUGGUCACACCGCAAGAGGCAAGAAGCGAAGAUAUCAUUCGACGCAAAAUCUUGGAGAAAGUGGCAACAUUUACGAAGCACUCUUUCUUCGCUCGUCAAGACGAGUCUGAUGGCUCCGAGACCACUGAACCUGAAGUGAUUGGGCCCAAUGGCUCUGAUACAGCAUCUUCUGUUGGCGGGAAAGUUGCUGCUCAAUCUGUUGGGAGCGAAGAUGACAUUGUCGACGUUCAAAUGAAAGAAACGUCAGAUAAGAACAUCAAUGCUGAAAGUCAUUCAUCACCUACGCAGAUCAAGAAUGGAAGACCAGCCUGGGUAAAUCCUAAAAGCUUUCUCCCACCUCAGUUUCAGAAUCUCUUCGAGAUAGGAAUCUUCGCAGAAAUGUCGAGUGUCAUUCCUACGGGCAAUAACAGCGUCGGGGAAGAUAGAGAAUUUCCGCGGCUCUCAUCUCGGAUUCCUCCAGAAUCCCCCUCUUCAGAUGAUCAAUUAGACGAUGCAACGAACGGCUCCGCUUCGAAUGACGACAGUAGUUCUGAUGAAGCGCCUCGAAAUAGUAUUGACCAUUCUAUAACACGCAUGAAUGAAGAGAGUGAAGACGAGGAUAAUGGUCCUCCAGUGAAGUCAUUUGCUCAUCGGCCCAAAAAUAAUCGCCCCACAAAGGGCAACACCAAGCCUCCCAAUGGCCGCAAGAAUUCGAAACCGGGGCGACAAUAUGGUAGCAAAGGCGCCAAAAGGCGUUUACGUCAACAGCAGCGUCAGCAGCAAGACAAACAGACUGCUAUUCAAUACCAGGAUGCUGGUGAGAUGAGCGAUCCCGUCCCCGACGGUGGCCCUCUCAUCAGACUAAGAGAAGGUCUCGUUGUUGAUUGGUCGGAAACUGCCUAUGAAGAAAUCUUCGGUAGUGACAGCUCAUUGGAAACAUGGGAGGCUUGCGACAUCUUGUCCGACCCGGAGCUCGAGAAAAUGCAAGAGGCACGUGCCAAGCGUCGGAAGCAUGGUCUUACGCUCGAUGAAUGUCUAGAUGAGUUUGAGCGAGAUGAAAUCCUUUCCGAACAGGAUAUGUGGUAUUGCCCUCGCUGCAAGGAGCAUCGCCGCGCUAGUAAAAAACUUGAUCUUUGGAAGACUCCAGAUAUCCUCAUCAUUCAUCUGAAACGUUUCAGCUCUAGCGGGUUCCGAAGAGACAAAUUAGAAACCCUGGUCGAUUUCCCCACAGAGAACUUAGAUAUUACAUCACGUGUACUACAAACAGAAGAGGGAAAGCAGGAAAAUUACGAUCUGAUUGGAGUCGACUGCCAUUAUGGUGGAUUGGGCGGCGGGCACUAUACGGCUUAUGCUAAAAGCUUCGUGGAUGGACAAUGGUAUUCUUAUAACGAUUCAUCAGUUUCCAAGACCUCGACUGACCGCAUUGUCGACUCCUCGGCGUAUAUGCUCUUUUACCGCCGACGAUCUGAUGUUCCUUUGGGGGGAUCUCGGUUGCAUGCAAUCUUGGAGCGUUUCACUGAGGAAGAUGAUGAUGAGAUGUCAGGGUUGGGGGAAGGUCGGCGUCUCGGCGAAGGCUUCUCCCAGAAUGGGUCGUCGAGCGCGUUACAAGGAGCAGGAGUUUCUCACCCGCCCGGAAAUCAUGGUGGUAACUCUAACCUGAGCUCACGUUCGAUCAUGUCUUCAUACGCAGAAGAUGACAAGGGUGAUGAUGACAUGCCACUCCUUGCCAGUUCACGUUUCCAGUCUGGACAUGACAUUGCUGAAGACGAAGGAAUUGAGUUGGAAGACUCCGAUCAAAGGACACAACCAUUUAGUGUAAACACUUGGAGUUUCAAGAAUCUUCCAGACAUGGCUGAUGACAGUCCAUUUGGGUCAGGCGCUGCUUCCGACGAAGCCCAACACGACUCCUCUGGCGAUGAGCGAGCAUUGAGUCCUCAGGAUGACAUUGAUUCCACCUUUCCAGGGAUGUCGGAGUACAAACUAUCACAGCCUGGGGACGAUUCGGAGUACGUAAGUCAUUCGACACCUAAUUAUGUGGGCCAGACUUCCAUCGGUGUCAAGGACCGGAUUACACACGAAGUCCAUGAGGUCAUGCCAAACAGUGAACAAGAGCUACAAUCAGAUGAAGCAACUGAGAUACACUUGGACGACGAUGAUAAGAUCAAGGUCCCUUAGGUGGAUGUGGUCUACAUGUCAGAGAUGCGCGGCCGAGCCGUGCAAUGCCCUCGCCAUGGCAUAAACUUGCUUAUUUGAUGCCCUUUGAAAAGAAUCGGGGAACGAUAAACAGCGAG